AUAAGUAUAGACUUUAUUAUAUAUUUAUUAUUAAAUAAUAGUUAUAAUACUAUUCUAGUUAUAGUUAAUUAUUUAAUAAAAAUAAAGUACUUCCUUUCCUAUACUAGAAUAAUUAAUACUAAAGAAGUAACUAAUCUAUAUUUUAAAUAUAUUUAG